AUCUCCCAAUAUUCCUCUUCACCUCAGACAGUAGCUGCUCUUCAGUGAUCCCAAUUUAAGACCCACAUUUUCAAGUUAUAUCAAUCAUAAUCCUCGUGACCUGAGACAAUUUGAAAUAGGAUUACACCCUCGUCGCCUGCACACUCACGCCUACGCACACAUUCUGCGAAGACGCUGAUAUGGCUGUGGUGUGAUGUGUGUCAUCGUGUCUUCAUGGCCGAUCAGAUGAGUAACGUGCAUUUGUUCCUUUAACAUGACAGAAAAAAUGAGGCGGCUUAACGUCUAUAAACACACUGUUUCACGGCGGGGGGCUUUCAAAACAAUCAGGCAGUGAGUGUGUGUGUGUGUGUGUGACUGCUGUCCAUGUGCACAAGUUGUGUAAGCUUAUUAGCAACACCACUGGUCAGAGGAGGAGAUUGAGGUUAGUCUAAGCCCUAAAUCCUCGUGGACCUUAUGCUUGUAAUACAGCAAGCACAACAAAAUCCUGGCUCCGCCCCUUCCAGAAAGGCACGCACACACACACACACACACACACACACACAAACAGCCUCCCUGCCUCCUUGUUUACUGCUCAGCUCCAUCACAACUCUUCCUCUCUUGUCUCUCUCAGCAGGAGGGUGGAGGAGGGGGAGGAGGAAGAAGACGAGGAGGAGGAGGAGGUGGUGGUGCGCACUGUUGAGUAGUUUCCCAGUCGUCAUGACGACCUCACACCCCACCAUCUUCGAAGCUGUCUUCUUGUUGCCACGGUGACCUGAUCCUUUUUCCAUCUCCGCGCCUCUUGAUGGUCCGGAUUGGACUAAUAAAGGACAGCGAUCCCGGAGCACCGUCUCCUCACUCUGAAAAUAGCUGGUGGAUGGGACAGCGGAUCCCACGCAGGGACGCAGAUCGGAGGACAGGAAGGCGCGGUGUGCUGGGAAUGCUGUGGGAGUAACACCGGAGCGUUGCCUGGAAACAGCAGCAUGCCAGUACAGCAGAUAACUGUGGUGCCGGCCAGGGAGACAACCAGCAAUGGCAAGAGCGUUCCUCGCUCCAAAGACAAGAACGAGGGGAGGAAGGCACCUGGGCGCUCAGGGAGUCGAUCCAGCAACAUCUCCAAGGCCAGCAACUCUACAGCAGGAGCUGCUACAGCCUCCAGGACAUCGAUAACCCCGUCUUCUCAGGACAUAUGCAGUUCUGGCCAGCUGACCCGCUUAGAGGAGGAUGCCUCUGAGUCUCACACACACACCAAGCAGGCACACAUCUUCUCUGCAAUGACAGUCACCAGCACAAAUCUGGGCUCCACGGCCCAGGCCCAGAAAAAGAACGUGAAGCGCCGCCACCGCCGCAAGCGGAGCAGCUGCAACACCUUCGACUGCGUGGAAACCAACGCCAAGCAGGAGCAGAGCGACCGCAGCCUCAGCUCUGACCGCAGCGAGGUCGGGGAGAAGAAGGAGCGCUCCUUGAAGAACCGGAGGGAGCGUCCGUCUCGCAUCCGCUGCUCAGGCGGCCCGCAGUCCAACUCCUCCUCAGAGGACGAGGCGUGGCGCGAGGCCCGCAGCUGGAGCAAAGAGAAAGCCCGGAGAGCUCGCCGUCGCAGCGGGAGCAGCCGGGAGAGGGAUGUAAUGAACAACCGUAAAGACAAAGAAGAGAACAUGGAGCUGCAGUCGGUGGGCUCGGACGAGGGGAAGGAGAACCAGCCUCUGGUGGAGGACAGUGGAGGCCUUAAGAAGCGCCACAACAACCGGACCUCAGCCAAGAGAGACGGCCACGUUUCACAGAGGGAGAGGUCACACAGCAGGGAUAAGGAGAAGAAGAGCAAGUCACGGAGCCCAAGAGGAAGCUCCUCAUUGGCAGAGGACGGGGAGGAGCUCAUCACCAAGAACUACCAGGAGAAGGGGUCAGGAGGUGGCGACAUGUCAGUGCCCACUCCACAGAAACACUGCGGUGCGAAUGGGAACACACCACGACCCUACUCUGAUGACUCUGAGCUGGAGGUCUGCAGGAUCUGCCACUGUGAGGGGGAUGACGAGUGCCCGUUGAUCAUGCCUUGUCGCUGCACAGGGAGCCUGAGUUUCGUGCAUCAGGCCUGUCUCAACCAGUGGAUCAAGUCCUCAGACACUCGCUGCUGUGAACUCUGCAAAUUUGACUUCAUCAUGGAGACGAAACUCAAACCUCUACGCAAGUGGGAGAAGCUACAGAUGUCAAAGAGCGAGAGGAGGAAGAUCUUCUGUUCAGUGUUGUUUCACCUGAUAGCAAUAAUGUGUAUGUUGUGGUCAGUCUACAUUCUGGUCAAGAGAACCGCUGAAGAGAUCAGACUUGGGAAGAACGACGAGUUAUGGAGAGUUUCUCUUCUGAAGUACUAUACGCCGCAGGGUGUGCUGGAGUGGCCCUUCUGGACGAAGCUGAUCGUGGUGGCCAUCGGCUUCACAGGCGGCCUCAUCUUCAUGUACAUCCAGUGCAAAGUCUACAUGCAGCUGUGGCGCCGCCUCAAGGCCUUCAACCGCAUCAUCACUGUGCAGAACUGCCCCGAGAAAGACCUGCACAACCCUCAGGCCCGGCCCAGCGCCCUCACCAACGGCAGGCACGACAGCGUGGAGGUCCCAGUCAGCCCGGGCCUCGUCCCGGCUCCGGAGGCGCUGAUGGACUCCGACAUGUCGGUGGAGGCCGCGGUGGCGCCGGCCCACAACCCCGUCUGACUGCUUCUGAAUCACGCUCUGCUCAUCCGGCGACACAAGCUGCUGUGAGCACGGUGCGAUUUAGACUGGUGCGGUGUUUGAAUGUUGCUCUCAUCUCGGCGACGGCUGAUCCCGGGAUGCAACAGGGGGAUUUAAAGUGACAAAAGUGAACAAGUCCUUCGGUGAUCCGGGAGAAGCUGAAGGCAGAAGGGCUGCAGUGAUGUGAAGGUGUGAAGAAAGAAAGAACGUGGAGAGGAGAGAAGGAAUCCGAGAAUAAAGCCAUCAGCAAAGACAGCAUGUGAAGACUUUAGUUAUGUGGUUUACUGACACCAUUUUAUUCUUGUAUGCACUUUCUCAACCAUGCACUGAUGUGAGGUGAAGUUGUGAACACCCUGUGGAAGCUUUUAUUUAAAGGCCUCAGUAUGCUUCAAAUGAACCUCAGACAACAAAGCGGUUGUAGCUGCUGUCAACGAUCCCACUGAGGGGUAGUCAGUGACAAGCACUUCAAAUUUAUUUAGUCGUCUUAGAUAGCAGCAAUAGCAGUAGGAGAUACGGGGAACAAACCUGCAGCAACGUGAGGAUGUCGACAGCCGCUGUGAUCAAACAAGCCUCACAUAUCCACUGGUCAGAAUUGAACAUUCAACAGUGUGUUUAAAUCUGCUGCUUUCUUUAGUUUUUCUAUUUUGAAACAAGAAAAGCACUCAGAGAGCACGGUACUCCUCCACGGCUGCUCAUUCCCCCAUAUGGCAUUGUCAGAAAUGCAGCAUUUUUAUUUAGAAAUGCAGAAUUAGUUUGGUAGUUAUUGAUCAUAAAUCACAGCACCAUAGAAUGUGACCAUUUAAUGUAGAUGUACCCACAAACAAAAUGACCUUGCGCUGAGCACAGGUGUGUGUUAUGCAUGUGUAUGUAUGUUAAUCACGUGACCUAAAUAUGUAGCGAGCGGCAGGAAUUGAUGGGACUCAGAAACACCCCCGUAAGUUAAUCAAUUGUUUUGACCUUUCCUAAAAAUUCCAUCCAAAUCCGUCUUCCCGUUUGUUAGUAAUGUUGCGCACAGAUGGAAGGACAAACGUAUGCCGAUCGUCACAUGACUCCACGGCGUUCCUUGACAGAGAACUAAUGUGUGAUUUUCACUCAGGAUAACAUAUCAGUGAACAGUACACUGCAAAAACUCACAAUCUUACCAAGUCUAUUUGUUUUAUUUUUAGUCUAAAUGUCUCAUCUCACUUGAUUUAAAUUCACUUAACAAGUGACAUUUCAGCAGAUGGAGGGACUUGUUUUAAGACAAUGCAUCUUAAAUAUCUUGUUAAGUCAAACAAUCUUGAAAUGAUUUUGUCUUAACCCUCGUGUCGUGCUGUGGGUCAAAUUGAUCCAUUGUAAAGUUUGAAAACGUCGGGAAAAAAAAUUUUUUCACAGUGAGAACUUCCACAUUUUCAAAAUUUUGGGGGAAAUUUUUGAACAUUUUUUGACGGAAAAAAAAAAUGUUGCAAAAAAUGUUCUAAUAUUUUCUAAAAGAACAUUCAGAAACAAAAUUGAUUGAUUGGUUGAUUUUUUUCUGAAUGUUCUUAAAAAUAUAUUAGAACUUUUAACUGAUAUAUAUGUAAUCACUUUUGAUAUUUUUAAGAUUUUUUGGAAGAUUUUUAUUCUUUUUUUGAAAAUAUUUACAUUUUUUUUUUUACUUUUUAAAUUUUUAUCACUUGCCAAAUUUGGGGAUUUUUUUAAAUGAAGCUUUUAAAGGAAACUUUUAAGAAAUGUUCUUCCUGAAGAUUUUACAAUAUUUUUUAUAAAUUUGGGGAAUUUUUUUGGAUUUUUUAUUAUUUUUUCCGACAAGGAAACAAUAUUUUUUGGUGCCGUAAAUGAGGACAACAGCAGGGUUAAGACACCUAAGCUUGACAAUCCUGGUAUAAUAGAGCUUAAAAUAAGUUUUUACAGCUAAUUUUAAGAUCUCAAUAUUUUAAAUAUCAAUCUUAUUUCAAGAAAUCUUACCAAGCCAUUUUUCACUUCUUUUGUUGGCAGAUUUUUCACUAAUUUCAAAGUAAAAGUUCUUUGAAACAACUUUUUUUUCUUGUUUUGAAAGGGGCAUUUUUUCCACUGAAAAUAUUAAUGAGACUGAUCAGGAUGUUGUGAUCGUCAGCAGGCAGCUGAUGUAGUGUUCACUUGUCAUGGUUACAGUGAUGCCAUGCCGCUACGAUACGGAAAUCCUGAACAAAUCCGUGGAUCCAGACUAUAAGCCACAUCACUGCCAAAAUCUAAUCACUUGGUCCUUGUGUCAUUUCUGACCUUCCCUAAAAAUGUCAUCCAAAUCCCCUAGUUUGUGUUUGAGUAAUGUUGCACACAGACAAACGGGCAAACCAACUCCGUCCGUCACAUAUCUCCGCCGUGUUCCUUGUCGGAGUAAUGAGGACUGAAUAUCCUGCUUUACUUUACACUUAGUGUUGUUACACUCAACCUCUCUCUCCUUUACAUCCUCAGGUGUUUUCUGAUUUUCUAAUAAUACAUUUGCACGAAGCUUAGAGAAGACGCACCAGAAACUAAAGAUGCAGACUUCUAGAGGUGCAUCCUGUGCCGUCUGUCUCUCCUCAAAAUCAUUUAUGUUGCUGCACUUUAUUUUAAAAACGUAUUUAACCAGUACAAGUCUCAGUGAGAUUAGGAAUCUCUUGACCAAGCCAGGAAAAGAAAAGCUCAAAUGGUGUGGGGAGUGACUAAUGAGACACCAGACAAAGCGCUACAUAAAGUGGAUUGUAACCCAAACUUCAGAUGCUGAAGACAGCGUGUCUUUGACUGAAGCAUACUGAGGCCUUAACUCUCCUUCUGGACAAUCAGGUCUUCAGACACCAAAGAGUCAGACGUUAUUAGCAGAGAAACGAUUAUCUGAAACUAAAUCUUUAGCUGAAAUCUAACAAUGUGAUAUUUUGAAAAAGUUAUUUAUUAUCAGAAGAAAGUUUAGGAUAUUUAUUAAAAUAGAAAAUCUCAAAUAGUCCAGGUGUUGGUGAUGUUUUGUUGGGACAGUUUGCAGCUUUAUGAGGUCCGUUAUCCAAACAGUGAUGUAACUAGAGCUUUUGGUGUUGCCAUCCCUUCGUGUUUUCACAUUAGACCAUAGAAGCGUCUAAAUCUGAACCGCCACUCUGUGUCGGUCGACUAAAGGCCACUCUUGUUUACACUUGUCCACUUUUCUACUGGUUUAAUUUGGUUUUCUACCAGUGUCCCCGGCACAUCACGGAAAAUACAGCUUCCUCUGUGUCUAAAAAAACGUAACAUCUUUGUCCAAAACCUUUUUUCUAACUAAUUGGAUACAACGGAACAUUCAGGUUACAUUCAACACAUAUUUGUUUGUGCAAUAAACCAUGAAUGUAGAACCCC